AUGGAAAAUGUGGAACAAAAUGGAUACAACUCGGUAAAAUACGAUCUGCCACCUUGAGAUUUAGCAUUUUCUCGCCUAAAAUACGGAUUUUUUCGAAAAAAAUUUUUUUAAUUUUUUUGAAUUUUUUCAUUUUUUUGUCGUAUUUUAGGCAAAAAUAAGGUGAGAACACUUAUGAUAAGCCUUCAAAAUCAACGUUUUGGCAUUUUUUUUGACUAAAAUACGGGUUUUUUUUCGAAAAAUUUUUUUUAAUUUUUUUGAAUUUUUUAAUUUUUUUGUCGUAUUUUAGGCGAAAAUAAUGUGAAAAAAAUUAUGAGGGGCCUUCAAAAUCAACGCGUUGGCAUUUUUUUCGCCUAAAAUACGGAUUUUUUUCGAAAUUUUUUUUUUAUUUUUUUGAAUUUUUUCAUUUUUUUGUCGUAUUUUAGGCAAAAAUAAGGUGAAAAAAACUUAUGAUAAGCCUUCAAAAUCAACGUUUUGGCAUUUUUUUGACUAAAAUACAAAGAAAAAAAAAUUUUUUUUGAUUUUUUUUUUUGAAUUUUCAAAAUUUUCAAAGUCGUAUUUUAGGCCUGGCAAGGUGAACAAACCUAUGAUGACCCUCAAAAAGCAAUUUACCCACAACAAAAUUGGCAACCGAGCAAUGAAAUGGUCGAAAAUAACGAGGGAUUAUAUGGUAGGUCUAGUAUAAUAUAAUUCAAUUUUUUGAUGUAAAAAAAUAAAUUGAUCUAACUAAUUUCAGAUUCAGAAGAAAAACGGCCAGCCAAUGUCCGGGAACGCCGGCGAAUGUGUGGAAUAAACGUCGCGUUUUUGGUAAAAAAUUGAUUUUUUGGUUUGCACGGUGCGAAAUUUUAUUUCUUUUUUUUUUCAAAAAUUGCACUGUGCGGGUCAUAAAAUGGCAACGCAGUAAUGUCAAAAAAACUUUUUUGUGGUUAUUUUUAAAAUACGUGGGUUCUUGCAAGUAUUUUUUAUCGCACAGUGCAAAAAAAAAAUAAUUUUUAUGUUUCGCACAGUGCGAAUUUUUUUUUGAAAAAUUGCACUGCGCGGAUUCAAAAGUGGCAAAAACGUAAUGUCAAAAGAAUUUUUUUGUGUUUAUUUUUAAAAUACAAUUCGUUUGGUUAGUGUCUUUUUUCUCGCACAGUGCAAAAAAACAAUUUUGAUUUUUCGCACAGUGCAAAAAAUUUUUUUGAAAAAUUGCACUGUGCGGGUCAUAAAAGGGCAAAAAGUGCUGUCAAAAAAUCACCAUAUGAUCAUUUGUAAAAUACGUUGUUCUGGUAAGUGUUUUUUUCGCACAGUGCAAAAAAUUUUCUUGAAAAAUUGCACUGUGCGGGACAUAAAAUGGCAAAAAAGUGAUGUCCAAAAAAAUAUUUUGUGAUUAUUUGUAAAAUACGUUGUUCUGAUUAGCGUUCUGUAUUGUACAGUGCAAAAAAAUAAUUUUGACUUUUCGCACGGUGCAAAAAAUUCUUGUGAAAAAUUGGACACUUCCGAUGCAAAAAUGGCAAAAAAAAUGUUGUCAAAAGUCACCUUAUGAUCAUUUGUAAAAUACGGCUGCUCACACUAUUGGUUUUUUAUCGCACAGUGCAAAAAAAUAAUUUAGAUUUUUCGCACAGUGCAAAAAAUUUUUUUCAAAAAUUGCACUGUGCGGGACAUAAAAUGGCAAAAAAAGUGAUGUCAAAAAAAUAUUUUGUGAUUAUUUGUAAAAUACGCCGGCGGAUACAAGUGAUUUUUUACCGCACAGUGCAAAAAAAAUAAUUUUCAUUUUUUGCACCGUGCAAAAUCUUUUUUUGAAAAAUUGCACUGUUCGGAUACAAAAAUGGCCAAAAAAAUAUUGUCAAAAAAUCAUUGUAUGCUUAUUUGUAAAAUACGGAGUCAUAAAUUUUGCUUUUUUCGCCAAAAAAAAUUAGAUUUUUCGCACAGUGCAAAAAAAAUUUUAUUAAAUUGCACAGUGCAAGGAUAAAAAUAAUUCUUUUUGCACUGUGCUGAAGCAAAAAAUACAUUUUUUAGAGGCAAAAAAUAUAUUUUUCUCAAAAAACGGCAGGCGUAUUUUAGGACCUUCGCAACAAAAUCCCCACCUUCCCCUACGAAAAGAGGCUCUCCAAGAUUGACACGCUGAACUUGGCCAUCGCUUACAUAAAUAUGUUGGAAGAAAUCUUGGAGACGGAUGUGGACCCACACACGUUUGUGCAGAAUACAGUGAACAUGGUGAGAAAUGGACAGGAAAUUAAGACGGUUUGGGGGACUAGCGGUGAGUUGCGAUUACAUUUUUCAUAAAAAAAAAAAAAAAAUAUUUUUUUAUUUUUUAUCAAAGUUGUUCUGUAAACAUUAAUUAAUGGCCACACAACAUUUUUUCAUGCCCAAAAAUGAUUUUGAAACCCAAAAGAAAAUACUUUUUUUCAGACCUAAUGGCCCGACUAAAUUGGAUCCGCUGGGAUUUGCUGGGAAUGGCACCGGUUCGCUAA